AUGAUAAUCUUAGCCAAUGGAGCCAUUACACUCAAGAUCAAGAGUAAGGAGGCAGGUGAUGAACUUGCCACACUGCCUCCAUUACCCACUUCCCAGUACGAGUACAUUACGUCGUCAUCGGCGAGGCAAGCGAUAACACAUUCCACAACCAUGAAGGCGUCACAACUCUCAAUAUGGCGUCACAACUCUCACUUCGGCGUCACAACUCUCACUCUGGCAUCUGUGUUCACUCCUCACCUUGUCUCCUUCUCUGCGUCAGGUUGUUGUUGCCGUGCUGUCCACCCUGGCGGUCGCCGCCCUCGCCGCCCCCAGCAACCUGCCGAGUUACCACGCCCCCCCGUCCAUCCCGCACCAUCCUACCACGCCCCCGCUCACCCCACGCCCUCCUACCAUGCCCCCAGGCCCUCCUACCACGCCCCCGCGCAGUACGCUGACGUCUCGCCGCACUACAAUACCCAGUACGCCGUCAAGGACGACUACAGCGGCAAUGACUUUGGUGCCCAGGAGGCGCGCGACGGCUACAGCACACAGGGCUCCUACUACGUGCUGCUGCCCGACGGCCGCCUGCAGCACGUCACCUACCACGUGGACGGCGACUCAGGCUACGUGGCCGAUGUCACCUACGAGGGCGAGGCCCAGUACCCCCAGACUUACGGCCACGCUCCUGCUCCUUCCUACCGGCCACGCCCCAGCUCCCUCCUACACCCCCAGGCCAGCUUACGCCACACCACAGCACUGGGGAAGUGGGAGCAAUCAGAGAGAAAGGAAUCAAUGCGAGUCUGGGAGCUGAAAAACCAGGAAGGGGCAAGACAGGACAUCAGCAAGCAGUACACUACACUUGGGCCAUCACAGCAGCUACUGAAUACAUCCCCUAUGCCUCUCACACGAAGAUCAACCACAUUACCAAUACCUAAAGCCAAAGGAGCCAUUACACUCAAGAUCAAGAGUAAGGAGGCAGGUGAUGAACUUGCCACACUGCCUCCAUUACCCACUUCCCAGUACAUUACGUCGUCAUCGGCGAGGCAAGCGAUAACACAUUCCACAACCAUGAAGGGCAACCAACACUUCCGGGAAAUGCAACACGGUGUGGCGGGGCUGGGGCGUCACGGCGCCGCGCUAUAUAACGCCGCAGCGCCGCUCCUCGGCAGUCACUGCCGCUGCAGCUCCCCGCCCACCAUGUCUCUCCAGGUUGUUGUUGCCGUGCUGUCCACCCUGGCGGUCGCCGCCCUCGCCGCCCCCAGCAACCUGCCGAGUUACCACGCCCCCGUCCAUCCCGCACCAUCCUACCACGCCCCCGCUCACCCCACGCCCUCCUACCAUGCCCCCAGGCCCUCCUACCACGCCCCCGCGCAGUACGCUGACGUCUCGCCGCACUACAACACCCAGUACGCCGUCAAGGACGACUACAGCGGCAAUGACUUUGGUGCCCAGGAGGCGCGCGACGGCUACAGCACACAGGGCUCCUACUACGUGCUGCUGCCCGACGGCCGCCUGCAGCGCGUCACCUACCACGUGGACGGCGACUCAGGCUACGUGGCCGAUGUCACCUACGAGGGCGAGGCCCAGUACCCCCAGACUUACGGCCACGCUCCUGCUCCUUCCUACGGCCACGCCCCAGCUCCCUCCUACACCCCCAGGCCAGCUUACGGCUAGACUGAAGACUCCACGGCAACUCCUGAAUCCACCGCAGGCCUCAUUUGUUCCUGCCGCCGUUGAGCUCCGUUGAGCGGGAAGUAUCGUCGCCAUGGCCGCUGUCAGUCAGCCACCAUGCCUCUCGCGGCGUCAUCAUCAUCAUCAUCAUCAUCAUCAGUCAUUGUUAACCUCUGCAUUUCCAAAUAAUAUUAACUAAUCUCUAAUAAUUGAUUGCUGACAAGACAAUUCUACCUUUAAUUGAACUAACCUAACCUUACCUAACCUAAACAUAACCCAACCUAACCACUCACCAUUAACUAAACCACACCUUCCACUACUACUACUACUACUACUACUACUACUACUACUACUACUACUACUACUACUACACACAGUUUUUGUUCACUGAAUUGAAAUUACUGAAAUUUGAUUACCUAUUGCAAUACUUUUGUCUUUUAUCUGUUUAUAAUGACUUAAAUGAAAUUAGGAGUACCAGGAAAUUGUUUAGAUAUAUUCAUCAUAGCCAAGGAACUAGAGGAAAUAAUAUCAACUUGAUUUGUCCACAACAUAGAACAACAUUGUAUAAAUUUUCAAUACAUUGCUUUGGACCUACGUGUUGGAACGCUUUACCUGAUGAUUUGAAGACUAUAACUAAUUUCAAUAUAUUCAAAAGUAAACUUAAAAAACAUUUUCAUAAAUUGCAAAGUCUAUCAAUUAAUGCACAAUAAUGUCAAAUGCAGUUCUUUUUUUUAUGGAAAGGUGUGAUUAUUAAUGUCAUGAUUGUCUGUAGGAUGUAAGUUUUUGUCUUAAAUUGUUUGUAAUAUAAUUAUUAAUCUUAAUUUAUUACCUAUUGCCGUCAUGGAAACAUGUAUUACUGUAAUUAAUCUAUGUCAUGUCUGCUUAAGAGCUUAGCUCAGCAGACUAAUGCCUCAACAAUACCUGUACAUAACUGUUCAUUGUAUAUACUGGUGAUAUGGCAAUAAACUAAACUAAACUAAACUAAACUACUAC